AUUAUUUUAGCAAUUUAAGUAAAAUAUUUCAACAACGACAUAUUCAAAUUUCAAAUAUUGAUCCAGUAAUUGAAAUAACGAUUAAUAGAAUUAAAUUGGAAUAUUUAGAUUUUAAUGAUAAUGAAAAACUAUUAUUUGGAGAAAAUUUAAACAAAUUUUUAACUGAAAUAUUAUCAGAAUCAAAUGUUAGUAUUGGUACUCAUGAGUUAAUAUAG